AAUCUACUUCUUUUACACAACCUGCUUCUCACGUGGGGAUGUUGAAAGUGCACAGUGUAUUAUGUGUGUAUACCGUAACAGAUGAUCAUGGACUCCAUACACUCUUGUUUUAAGGCUCAGAUAGGCGAGGUGGUUUUACCUGGAGAUGUUUUCCAGUUUGAUGCGUCCUCUGUAGAGGAGGACAGCAACGUUAAAGCUGAAAAGAUCGUCUGUGGACCUGGAUUGCGCCGAAACGGAGACGAGAUCCUGGUGUAUAAAAGCGGGAUCCUCCGUUACAAACAGCCCAAUAUGUACUGGAUAGACUCCCAGCAGAAACGCUAUGUUCCAGUUAAAGGCGAGAGCGUGAUCGGAAUAGUGACGGCAAAGUCCGGGGACAUCUUUAAAGUGGAUGUGGGAGGCAGUGAGCAGGCCUCGCUGUCCUACCUAGCUUUUGAAGGAGCCACGAAAAGGAACAGACCCAAUGUGCAGGUGGGGGAUCUGGUGUACGCACAGUUCAUCAUCGCAAACAAGGACAUGGAGCCAGAGCUGGUGUGUAUAGACAGCUGUGGCCGGGCGAACGGGAUGGGAGUGUUUGGAGUAGGAGGCUUUCUCUUCAAGGUGUCUUUGGGAUUAGUGCGCAGGCUUCUCACACCUCAGAGCGAGGUAGUGAAAGAUCUUGAGAAGAUCUUCCCCUUCGAGAUGGUGGUGGGAUUAAACGGCAGGGUGUGGGUAAAGGCUAAGAGCAUUCAGCAGACUCUGAUCGUAGCCAAUGUUCUGGAGAGCUGUGAAAACAUGACGGCGCAGCAGAGACGAGCUCUGUUCAAGAGAGUUGCAGAGGGCGCCCUCUAGGGCACAUACUGGCAUACUGCCGGUUUCCAUGGCAAUUCCUCAUGGACAUAUCAGCAAAAUGUCACUCGCAGGAUGACGCGCGAUUAAUGACCGCUCGGAGGCUUGAAUUUGAACUUUUAGUAAAACAUACAAAUAAGAAAACUCUCUGAGAGUGUACAAUAUCAAUGUAGGACACAUGCUGCACUUCUUUAAAGUUUUUGAAUUUAGCAGCGGUUUAAAACAGUUUAAGCUCAGUCAUUAUGUCUGUUUUAACACGUUUUAUUUCUACUGGUGCCUUGAUUCAAUAUUUUUUGUAUAAAUAAAUAGUUUUUUUGUGAAGA